AUGCCUGGGCUCCCUCUGCACGGCUACGCGAAGGCUGCAAACUCAGAAGUUUACACGUACGUUGAUCGCUACGACGAACAAACCACCAAUCCAACAGAAAAGAUGUUCUGUUGGGGCUCUAGCCGGCAGCUGCAGCAUGUUUUCGUGGCUUCGGGGCCGAGGGCCAGCUGCCCGAGGCUGCUGGUCUUCGGAGCAGACGGCGUGGCUGCCAGCGGCGCCGGCGAGAUCUGCGCGCAGCGCGAGGCCUUGAGGGCCACAGGGAAUGCUAGCUGGGUUUGCAAAGGAUAUUGGCUCUUUCGUUUGGUUGCGGAUUGCCGGGUACGAGCCCGAAGCCCCAAGUGCCCCAAGCGCACUGGCAUGACUAAGUUGCUGCGGCGGCUGGGUGCAGACAUGGAAGCGGCAACGGGUCUGCCCUGUUGCCGGAGGCAAGAGAGAGCAGAGAAGAAUGGCGCUGCAUUGACAUGUUUGGAAGACAACUGUUGGAAUAUUGGUUUUCAGCGCAGCUGCCGCUCACUGGCCUGCAAUCGCGCGUCGUCCCUUGUCUGCUUCCACGCCCACGGAGAAUCCAAGCACGAGCUGGGCGUGCUGAGCCGAAAAGAGGGCGCAUGGAUGGCAUCCAUGGGCAUGUUGGCACUGCUCUCUGUCUUCGGCUUACUUAUCAUGGAGUCCGCCAGACAUAUGCAAGAGCACUGGGACGUGUACCAGAAGGGUGCGGAUCAGCUGACGCGGGACCUUCUCUCGCUCUUCAGCAAAGUCCCGGAGAGCUUCAAGAAGCAGUACCAGGAGGUGAGCGCGGACACAUUGAAAUCCGCUCAGGACCUCUUUUACUCUUUGCUAGGCAACAUUGUGAACAACGUCAGCUCUUUGAUUUUGGGCGUGCUGUUGACCAUGCUCUACACCUUGUUUUGGCUUUGCAGCCCCGUUCCCAUGGAUUCCUCCGUGGAUGUCAUGUUCCGAAAGUACAUCAUGUUCAAAACCCUGGCCUGUUUCGGCUACGGCAUCUCGGCCGGGCUUCUUCUCUACUUCCUCUCCGUGGAUCUUGCGUCGGUCUUCGCGCUGACGACCUUCGCACUCAACUUCGUACCCGAGGUGGGUCCUUUCAUCGCCAUGGUACUGCCAUGUCCUGUCAUUAUCCUUGACAGCCGCAUCGACCGGCCGAUGCUGGUGCUUUUCGUCGCGAUUCUCGGCCAGCUUGCCCUGAAGUUUGCUUUCAGCAACAUCAUUGAG